AUGGUCAUCCCCAUCAUCUUGCAAAUUCUGGCAGAGGCUCCUCCCCAAAUACCAAGGCACACAGUACCACAACUACACACCCACUUUCCACCCCCUGCACUGAGGGACCGGGGCUUUUUGUCAAGCUACCUGCCUCUCCCAACCUCAGAGUACACACAGCGGGUGCUGAGGCUCCGCGAGCGUGGGGGCCCCCGGCCCGUGGCCCGCCGCCUGGGCUCCGGAGAGAGCGAGCAGAGACUCCGCGGCCGCGGGACGGACACGCAUCGGAGCCCGCGUUUCGGUCCCAAACUUCGCCUCGAGCGCCUCCUGGACGCCCGCGCACCUCCACCGGGGACUCGGAGGUCCCCGGUUCUGUCGGACCGCGCGACCCAGGCGCUUCCUCGAGGGGGGCUGUCCGGGGAGCGCGGGACGCCCGGCUGGCGUCUCCCGGUGCGCGGCCGCCGCUCCGUGUGGGACGUCUCGCGCGCAGCCCGUGCCCUCCCGCGCCCGGCGGGCUCUCUCUGCGCCGGGACUUCUCAGCGCGCGCGCCCCUCACCCGGGACCUGCCCGCGCCCGUGCCCUCAGCUCUCGACGCCGCAGCCCGGGCCCCGCGACCCCGCAGCCCCGGCCCUCCUGGGGCCCCGACCCUUCGGCGCUUCCCCGCCCUCCGGAGCCUCCCCUCCGCCCCGCGGACCCCCAGCGCCGCCCCGCACCCGGACACUGACCUGCGGCGGCGCCCCGCUCCGGCGUCCCGGCGGCCGACCCGAGCGCCCCAGGCGGCGGCGGCGGCGGCGGCGGCGGCGGCUCCGACGCGGGCGCGGACUCGGGCUCCGAGUGCGGUCGGCCCCGCCUGCCCGAGGCCGAGCCGGGCCGGGGGCGGGCGCGGCGCGGCGCGGCGCGGGGGCGGGCGCGGGGGCGGGGAGCGCGCGGCGCGGGGCGCCUGCCGCCCGGCGCACAGUAGGGCCCCUGGCCGCGCGGGCUGCCUUCGCGCGCGCCCACUCGACUCGUCCGUUCCUCGCAACCACCGCUGGGAGGCGGCUCAGAAAUGGUCCCAUUUCACAGAGCGAACAGAGCUCGGAGAGGUGCCCACGGGGCGACGUCUGGGAAGAGCACGAGGUGCGAGAUUCCGGCGCCCGCCUUCCAUCCCCAGGCCGGUGUGUCUCCCCCGCCGCACUCUGGUCUGGGAGAUUCCUUUCUUCCAAGUUGUUAUUUUUAAUGACACUCUUAAAAAAGAAAUGAAAUCGUAUUUCUAAUGGCCCGUUUAGCUGAUGGCCCGGUGGUGCCUCACACUUUCAGUGCCCCCCUUUUUGCAUUUGUACUUAACGCAGGUGUCCAUUAGUCCCUUAAAGCGACAGAGUUUGGGUUUUAAUCAUUAAAAGCAUUUCUUAAACUCA